GCCUCAGGAUGUCCCUGGCAGACGAGCUCUUGGCUGACCUGGAGGAGGCAGCUGAAGAGGAGGAAGGAGGGAGCUAUGGGGAGGAGGAGGAGGAGCCGACCAUCGAGGACGUGCAGGAGGAGACGCAGCUGGACCUCUCGGGGGAUUCGGUCAAGAGCAUCGCCAAGCUAUGGGACAGCAAGAUGUUUGCCGAGAUCAUGUUGAAGAUUGAGGAGUACAUCAGCAAGCAGGCCAAAGCCUCCGAAGGUCAUUCCUCUCCUCCCUGGCUGUGCGGCCGUCCACUGGGGCCCCUUGGCGCUUUUAUUACUUGGGACAUCAUCCACAAGUUCAUCCGGGACAAGUACUCCAAGCGGUUCCCCGAACUGGAGUCCCUGGUGCCCAACGCCCUGGACUACAUCCGCACGGUGAAGGAGCUGGGCAACAGCCUGGACAAGUGCAAGAACAACGAGAACCUGCAGCAGAUCCUGACCAACGCCACCAUCAUGGUCGUCAGCGUCACCGCCUCCACCACCCAGGGGCAGCAGCUGUCGGAGGAGGAGCUGGAGCGGCUGGAGGAGGCAUGCGACAUGGCCCUGGAGCUGAACGCCUCCAAGCACCGCAUCUACGAGUACGUGGAGUCCCGCAUGUCCUUCAUCGCCCCCAACCUCUCCAUCAUCAUCGGGGCCUCCACCGCAGCCAAGAUCAUGGGCGUGGCUGGGGGCCUGACCAACCUCUCCAAGAUGCCCGCCUGCAACAUCAUGCUGCUUGGAGCUCAGCGCAGGACGCUCUCGGGCUUCUCGUCCACUUCGGUGCUGCCCCACACGGGCUACAUCUACCACAGUGACAUCGUGCAGUCCCUGCCCCCGGACCUCCGUCGGAAGGCAGCGCGGCUCGUGGCGGCCAAGUGCACACUAGCAGCGCGAGUGGACAGCUUCCACGAGAGCCCGGAGGGCAAGGUGGGCUAUGAGCUGAAGGACGAAAUCGAGCGCAAGUUCGACAAGUGGCAGGAGCCGCCGCCCGUGAAGCAGGUGAAGCCGCUGCCUGCGCCCCUGGAUGGACAGCGCAAGAAGCGAGGUGGCCGCAGGUACCGAAAGAUGAAGGAGCGGCUGGGUCUCACGGAGAUCCGCAAGCAGGCCAACCGCAUGAGCUUCGGAGAGAUCGAGGAGGACGCCUACCAGGAGGACCUGGGCUUCAGCCUGGGGCACCUGGGCAAGUCGGGCAGCGGGCGAGUGCGGCAGACGCAGGUGAACGAGGCCACCAAAGCCAGGAUCUCCAAGACGCUGCAGCGAACCCUACAGAAGCAGAGCGUGGUGUAUGGCGGCAAGUCCACCAUCCGGGACCGCUCCUCCGGCACGGCCUCCAGCGUGGCCUUCACGCCACUCCAGGGCCUGGAGAUCGUAAACCCGCAGGCGGCGGAGAAGAAGGUGGCCGAGGCUAACCAGAAGUACUUCUCCAGCAUGGCCGAGUUCCUCAAGGUGAAGAGCGAGAAGAGCGGCAUCAUGUCCACCUGAGGCCCCGCCCCCCGGGGGUCAGGAGAACCCCCCUCCCGGCGUGCCCCGCCCACCGGACUGCAGGGAGCCUUGCGCAGAAGUGCGGCCCCGCCUCCUCGAGUCCAGGUCCCUGCCCGAUGUGGGCACAGCUGGUGUUCGUCUUUGCCUUGUAUUUGCCCAGCUGGGAAAGGAGAUGCAUUUGGAAAAAACUUUCAUUAAAAGCCUCACCCAGAA